AAAUACCCCUAUUUUUUCCCAUGCCUCGUGUCUGCUAUUAUUGCGUUUGUCGGUGUUCUUCUUGGGCUUGUAUUCUUGGAAGAGGUAAUUUGUUAUAACUUUGUGAUAGUGAUAGCACCAUUCAUCAGCAGUGACAGACUCUGCCUAGCAAGCGCAGGCGGAACAAUGAAAAAUGUACAUCCUUACGGCCCAACGUGCUAAGUCUCGACGCGGGGCCGCCAAUUCUGGAACCCAAGUCCAUGAGCUUGAAGGAAAUAUUGACAUAUCCUGCCAUUUCCGCUCUCGUGGCAUCUGGCUUUUCGCUGAGUUUCGUAGCCACGUCUUUUGAGGUUGUAUUUGCUCUUUUCUGCUAUUCUGCAAUCCAGUCGGGCGGUCUGGCAUUUUCAGCCUCGAAGAUAGGAUGGUCACUUUCUAUCUCGGGUGGCAUCUCUUCUGCUCUCCAAAUAUUCUUUAUGCCUUACCUUCUACGCACGUUCGAUUGUGCGAAGAUGUACCUCUUCUCCAUGAGCGUGUGGCCAUUUGCGUACCUUUGCUUUCCCUUUCUCAACCUCAUUGCACGUUGGGGUCUUACCGAGGAUGGGCAACUGGAUGCUAAUACAGCGGCCAUUCUCUGGGUUGGGAUUGCAAUCGCUCUCGGGCUGUCUAGGAUCGGAGUAUUGGCCUUUUCGACAAGCAUGAUCUUGGUCAGGGAGCAUGCACCGAAUCCGGGUGCUCUAAGUCAGUCGAACGGUAUCGUACAGUUUGCAAUGUGCUUUGCACGGUCCUUUGCACCAUUCCUAGUCAGUUCGCUGUUUGCUUUAUCCAUCGACAACGACCUACUAUGGGGAUAUCUCUGGGUUGCCGUCAUGGUAUGCCUAUCUACUUUGAUCAGCAUUGACUGUCGCAGGAUCUUGUUGCAUAGCAAAAAGACUAUCUCAUGAGGCAUAGCCGAUAGCAAGCUAACACCUAAAACAUACACGUAGAAUUUGAGUACCUGUCAUGAACAUCCACAAGGUUUCGCACUUCUUUUUGUUUUCGUGUUGUACUUACUAUUAUGUAGAAUAGAUUUGAUGAUCCAACUUGAUCAGCAGAUUC